CUAUACCCGUGUGUCUCCCCAGGACUUUGACUACUUCACAGUGGAUCUGGAGAAGAGCGUGAAGGGAUUUGGGUUCAGCAUCCGUGGGGGCAGGGAGUACAAGAUGGACCUGUUCAUCCUACGCCUGGCCGAAGAUGGGCCCGCCAUCCGCAACGGCAGAAUGAGGGUGGGGGACCAGAUCAUCGAGAUCAACGGGGAGACCACGCGCGAAAUGACUCACGCCCGCGCCAUCGAGCUCAUCAAGUCCGGCGGGCGCCGGGUUCGACUGCUGCUGAAAAGGGGGACAGGCCAGGUCCCCGAAUAUGUAGACAGCUCCGCCCCCCGAGACUCUCUCCCCUCAGCCUCCCCAAGCCUGUCGGAAGUAGCUCCGCCCCCCGACCAUCUCCUGACCACGCCUUCGCCUUCAUCUCAUCCUCUGGCCCUGCCCCCCGACCCCGGCCACGCACCGCCCCCGGACGCAGUGCAGGAGGGCAGAGGCGAGCGCGCCCACAGCCCCGCCCAGGACCCGCCCGGAUUGGGGAGGCAGGGCGGGAGUGGGCGGGGCCGGCACCGGGAGAGCGGGAGGUCCACCCGGAGAGGGGGAGGCGGGGCGGCGAGCGAGCAGCCGGGGGACCCCAAACCCCCGAAAGCCACCAGGGGGAGGUCCCAGGAGACGGCGGUCGCUGGAGAGGGCAACGUCGCCCCCUGCAGGGAGAGGAAGGAAUCGACGCGGUCCCCGAAAGGCGCCGACGCCAGCCUGAACGGCGGCAGCGGUCGCCACGGCGCCGCGGAGCCGGCCCCGGACAGGCCUCGCCCCCCCCAGGCCGCCCGGAACGCCGGCGGCGGUGGCGGGAUCGGCGGCACGGCCGGCCGGAAGGCCACCGUGUCCCCCGGCCCUUGGAAGAUCCCGGGGUCCGACAAGCUGCCCAGCUCACUGCGGUCGGGACCCUCCACUGUGAGCAGAUAACGGCGCAAGCCCGCCAACAGGGGGGCAGCGCUGCACCCCUCUGCCCCGCCGCCCCGCCCAGACACCCCUCCCCGCCCGCCCCCCCCGCAAACACACGCGCUCUCCAUAUUCCUCUUCUUUCGUCGUUGCUUUUCUUUCCUUAAUCGAGGUUUUUAUUUAUGUUCCGCUUUAAAUUAUUUGUUUUCAAUGAGAUUACACCCGCCACCUUAAAGGAAAAGUUGGACGCGUCCACGAAAAAAACACAAGAAGAAGAAGAAAACGAACUGGACAUGUAGCGUGAUUGAGGGGGGGGGGGAUGGGAUGUUCGGCCCAAACGGAGGAACUUUAUUUCUCCCGGUCUCCCGGAGGAAGAGCCCCUCGUUUGGCAGCGGUUGAUAUAGCGCCCAGCAGCCCGUCGGCACAGGAAACUGAGCUCAGCGUACCGGCGGAGUCACGACCAUAUCGCUUGCCACAGCCGUUUCUUUUCUUUGCGUGAUGGAAUGCGUUUUUAUGAGGCGUGGCAGUGCUGGGGGGGGAGCAGGGGGGGGUCAAGAAAGAAAAGAGGAACUGAACAAAAGAGAAUAUUCAUCAACAAACUGCCUUAAACCUGUACUGAAAUAGCACUGACCUGGAAGAUAUCUCUAAUCGUUCCGCUGACAAUAUAGAUAUAUACAUAUAUUAUAUAUGUGAACGAGUAUGUAAAUACGAUCAUCUCUAAAUAUAUCUGGGUGAGCUAGUGGUAGUUCUGAGACGUAUGUGUUAGAUCUGCUGCAGACACGUAAGGACACAGAGAUCUGAAAACAUCCAUCUCUCCAUAACCUGUGCGUUCUGUGAUUCAGCUUCAGGUCAGUGUGGCAUUAUCUUGUUCAAACAAAAAAAAAAAAAACGACGACGAAAAAAAAAAAGAAAGACAAACUUGGUUUCUGAAGGUCCUCUCUUUCGUGUUCUCCCCGAGGUACUUCACGCGCCAAGCCACUGUGGAAGGGCGCUGUCUCAUUGGCUGGACUGGAGAGGAGGAUUGUGGGAGUGGGCGGGGCCGAGUGCCUUACAAUGUAGUCUCGCGUGACGCUCGCGUGAAACGUCACGGUUCUCCAGGUCUGGAGUUCGAGGUCUUAUGUCUGUAGAGCUGAAAGCUAUACCCAGGCUGCUAUUAGGUCAGACACAGUCAAUGAUACUGUGGUGGAUGCUAAUGUCAGUGUAAGUGUAUUUUUAUAACCACUCAACUCUUGUCUGUAUUUUGUCCAGUACUUUUUGCGAUGUAUCUCUCUCCUCAUGAGAUCAAGUUGCACCAAAAAAAAUAUACGAUAUCAUUUUGAAGGUCAUUGUUUUUGACAGACAUUGUUUGAGUACGUUUAUAUGUAGGCGGUAGUUUGUUUCUUGUUUCCUUCGCCUCCGGGCGAGGGAACCUUAGACCCCAUGCAUGAAUGUGGAAUUGCCGCGUAGCGUCUUAGCCCGGACGCAGUAGCUCCUCACAGCUGUCUUGUCCAAAACGGAGCCACAGGUAAGUUUCCUGCAGGUCCUGCGCUGUUAGAGAGAACCGGGGGGUG